AUUUAGUGCAGUGUUGGGAGCAUAUCCAGCCUUUUACGCUUGGCUGGUUUGCAGCCGGGGGCGGGAUCCUCUACGAGCGCGCCCCAGCAGCGCCACGCGUGGACAAGCACCUCACUGAGCGACCACACUACUUGUAAGGUUCGAAUCGUUUCCUCCUGCACGAGACUCGUCAUCGUCGCCGUCAUGGCGGCGCUAUCCGGUGGAGAGAUGCUCAUCAAGUACCUAAUGUUCGCCUUCAACCUGGUCUUCUGGCUUGCAGGUACUGCCGUCUUUGCCAUCGGCCUGUGGUUGAGAUUAGAUCCCAAGACCAAAGGCCUUUUUGAGGGACCAGAUUCUCCAUAUGUAUUUUACACCGGUGUGUACAUCCUGAUCGGAGCUGGGGCAUUGAUGAUGGUCGUGGGAUUUCUUGGAUGUUGCGGUGCCAUCCAGGAGUCUCCGUGUAUGCUGGGACUGUUUUUCUUCUUCCUGCUUAUCAUCUUUGCCAUUGAAGUCGCUGCUGGCAUCUGGGGAUUUUCCAACCAGAGCAAGGUGGUGGAUGACAUUACCACAUUCUACGUGCAGACCUUCAAUAACUACAAGGAAACAAAGGAUGAACGUCUCAAAGAGACUCUGCGCGUGAUUCAAACUGGCCUAAACUGUUGCGGUCCAACUGGUACUGUGUUGGAUGCUGCCAAGGACACUUGUCCUCCAGGAGAGUUACUUGAGGAGCUCAUCACCAAGAGCUGCCCCGAUGCCAUUGAUGAGGUGUUUGACUCAAAGCUGCACAUCAUAGGAGGAGUGGGCGUCACUAUCGGGGUCAUUAUGGUGUUUGGGAUGAUCUUUAGCAUGCUCCUGUGCUGUGCCAUCAGGAAAUCUCGAGAGGUGGUGUGACACCCACCAAAGCGUUAUAGAGUCCUCGUUAAUGUUGCAUGAUGUCAUUCUUAGAGUCACAUGACUCCCCACUUUCAAUUGAAACACAGCUUGUUCAAUGUGGGGGGGACUCAUACCCUCCAUCUACAUGGUUGUCAGGCCCAGCCCAGAAUGGAUGUCAUCUGUGCUUGAGUGAAAAAUGUACCACAUUGAGAUCACACGAAUGAAUUUAGUGCUUGUGCAAAUUACCUUAACUGGAUUGGCUUAUUAUUUAUUGAUCACUUCUCAAUUGAGACCUCUCACUUACUGGCAAAAGGAGAUGUGGAUCACAGCCAAAUAAGUCCACCGCCUCUUUGGCAGAAUGCAUCAGCUGCCAAAUGAAUGGUUGAAUUCAUUAGAAUUAGAGUAACAGGAUGCUGAGCUGUAAACAAUUUUUCUAAUUGAGAAUCAAGUGGUAUCCUUUGUGACAUUUUGUUGGCUCACCUCUUUCUAAAUGCUUUUUUGUGUCAUAUUUUUUCAUUCCUCUUUAUAUAUGCACACAUGAAAUGUUAUGUAUUUUCAGAAUACCUUGUAAUUGUAUUGAAUUUGGUUGAUUUAUAUCACACCAACAGAUGAUUCAAGAGUCAAAUAAACCAAAAUGGAGACCUA